AUGACAGAAAUAAAGAAUGUACAAAUUGAGUUACAAACACCUCAUGUCUUAAAUAGUAUGGAAGAAAGAGAUUCCAAAAAUUUGUUUGGUAACUACACAUUUAUUAAUACAAGAUUAUUAAUAUGAUAACAUUGAAAAGAAGGGAAAUUAUGCUUAAAAAUAUUAAUCAAAGAAUAGAAAAAUUACAUCUAAUAGGCCAGAUUAUCAAUUACCUGAUAAUAGUAUCUAAACAUCAAAAUAUACAUUAUUGAACUUUUUUCCUAAAUAGUUAUUUGAGUAAUUUUCUAAGUUGGCAAAUGUCUAUUUUGUAGUAUGUUACAAGUUGUAUUAAAUUAGUUAAUGGGUGCAUUAUAAAUGGUUCCAGAAGUUUCAAUAAGUUCAGGAAUUCCUACAAUUUAUUUACCUUUAGGUUUCAUUAUUUUGGUAAGUGGAGCAAAGGAUUUCUAUGAAGAUUACAAAAGAAGGACUUCUGAUAAUGAAGAGAAUAAAUAAUAAGUGACAGCAUUUGAUGGUAAAGAUUUUGUUAAGAUUCCUUCAUAUGAAUUAAGAGUUGGGCAUAUUGUUAAAGUGAAUUAAGAUGAAAUUAUAUCAGCAGACAUGAUUCUAUUAAGAUCAAGUGAGAAAAAAGGAAUUUGUUAUGUUGAAACUAAAUCAUUAGAUGGUGAGACAAACUUAAAAUAAAAGAAUGUUCAUGUUGAUCUUCUAUAAACAUUUAAAUCAGAUGAUUGUUUUGGACAAUUAGAUAAGAGAAUAAUCUUAAAAUAUUAAGCACCAACUCCAUAUUUAUAUAAAUUCAUUGGAGAAACGACUACUUCUAAUUUAUAGGUUUCAUCAAUUAAUUUUAAUAACUUUCUUUUAAGAGGAUGUAACUUAAGAAAUGUUAAAUAUGUUUUUGGUUUAGUUGCAUAUACUGGUCAUGAUACUAAAAUUAUGAUGAAUUCUUAUAAAGCUAGAACUAAACGUAGUAAAUUAGAAGUUAAGAUGUAAUAGUUUAUUUUAAUAAUAUUUAUAACUCAAUUUAUUAUGUGUAUAAUAGCAUCUCUUGUUUAUUCAAUUACAUAUUUCAAUAAUCGAUAAUAUUUGAAUUAUUUAUAUAUAGCAGUAGAUACUUCUGAAUAUACAAUUCCAUAUAACUUUUUUGUAAGAUUUGGUAAUUGGAUGCUUAUAUUUAAUAAUUUUGUUCCUAUUUCUCUAUUGGUUACUUUAGAAAUGGUUAAAUUUAUUCAAGGCAAAAUAAUGACAUUAGAUGAAAAACUAAAUUAACCAAGAGUUUAAACUUCUAAUUUAAAUGAAGAACUUGGUUAAAUUGAACAUAUUUUUAGUGAUAAAACUGGUACAUUAACUUGUAAUAUAAUGGAGUUUAAAUAAAUAAUAAUGUAUAUUUAUUAAUUAAUAGUAGAGGUAAUCAAAAUUAUGGGGAUAUAUUGAGAUCUUCAGAUGAUUAUAUAAGAGAUGAUGAAUUACUUAAUUAUCCUUAAGUUAGUAAUGUAGAUUUUAGAGACAAGACUUUGAUGUAAGCUAUUAAUGAUAAAAAUCAUGUAAUGCAUGAUAAAGUAGAAGAGUGUUUAAAAAUGAUUUCUAUUUGUCACACAGUUAUUUCUGAUUAGAAAGAUGGAAAAUUAAUAUAUAAUGCAACUUCACCUGAUGAAUUGGCAUUAUUGAAUUUUGCUAGAUUUGUAGGUUUUGAAUUUUUAGGAACAGAUGAAAAUAAUAUCAAAAGAAUAAGUUAUUAAGAAUAAAUAAUUGAAUAUUAAUUAUUGGAGAUGUUUGAAUUCACAUCUGCAAGAAAAAGAUAAUCAAUUUUAGUCUAAGUUAUUAAUACUGGAGAUAUAUAUUUAUUUUCAAAAGGAGCAGAUUCUGUAUUAUUAGAUUAAGUGAGAUUAUCAAAAGAGGAAUUAAAUAAAAAUGAAUAUCAUUAAUUAGUAUAGAGAUUAUAAGAAUAUGGUAAGAUAGGUUUAAGAACUUUGGUUUUAUCAAAAAGAAAAUUAAGUAAAUAGGAAUAUGAAGAAUGGCAUAAACGUUAUUAAUCAGCAACAUAAUAAAUUGAAAAUCGUGAAGAGAAAAUGUAAGUACUUUAAGAUGAAUUGGAAAAGAAUUAUGAAAUUUUAGGAGCUACUGCUAUUGAAGAUAAAUUAUAAUAAGAUGUAGCAGAUACAAUUGCAGCAGUAAAAGCAGCUGGAAUUAAAGUAUGGGUAUUGACAGGUGAUAAAAUUGAGACAGCUAUUAAUAUUGGAUAUUCUUGUUCAUUAUUAACUAAUAAUUUAGUUUAACAUAUAGUGGAUGAAAAAGAAGAAUUGUUAAUUAAUGAAAGAUUAGAUGAUAUAUUAAAUAAAAUACCUACUUUAUAAACUACAUAAGGAUAAGCUUUAAUUAUUUCAGGUGAUGCCUUAUUACAUGCAUUAAAACCAGAUAUAUAAAAAAAGGUUGCAGAAGUAUGUGGUUAUUGUGAGGUUGUUUUAUGUUGUAGAGUAAGUCCAAAAUAAAAAUAAGAUGUAGUUUCUUUAAUAAGAGGUAGAAAUUAAUCAUGUUCAACUCUUGCUAUAGGAGAUGGUGCAAAUGAUGUAAAUAUGAUAACAGCUGCUCAUGUUGGAGUUGGAAUUAGAGGUGUUGAAGGUUAAUAAGCAGCAAGAGCAGCUGAUUAUAGUGUUUAAGAAUUUCGUGAAUUAAGAAGAUUAUUAUUUUUUCAUGGAAGAGAAUGUUAUCGUAGAAAUAGUGUUUUAGUUUGUUACACAUUUUAUAAGAAUAUUUUAGUUGUUUUACCAUAAUUUUGGUAUGGUAUUCUCUCAAUGUAUUCAGCUUAAUCAUUAUAUGAUACUUUCAUUUAUUAAUUAUUUAAUAUUUUAUAUGGAGCAUUACCAAUUAUGAUAUAUGGAAUAUUUGAUGAGGAAUAUGAUGCUGAUUAAUUAACAGAUAAUAAGUUAUAAAAUUAUUAUCAAUAAGGUCCUCAAGGAGUUUUAUUUAAUAUAUAAAUAGUUUUAUUUUGGGUAUUUUGUGGAUUUUGGUAAGCUGCAAUUUUAUGUUUCUUUCCUACAUAUACAAUAUCUGAGAAUUUCGUUGAAAAUAGUGGAUUUACUCAUCAUUUAUGGGCUUAAGGAACUAUGAUAUUUGGAUUAAUUGUUGUGAUAUGUAAUUUGAAAGUAUUAUUAUUUUCAAAUACUUAUACCCCAGCAUUGUUAGUAAUUAAUCAUAUUAUAAUUUAAGGGUAGUAUAUCUUUUAGUAUGAUAUCAUAUUUAAUUUCUUGGAUUAUCCUUGAUAACAUAUAAUAAGCUGAAGCAUAUGUAGUAUUUUAAUCGUAUAAAUAUAUAUUAUAUUAUUAGAUUAUUUUAAACACCAAAUUUUCAUUUUGGUAAUAUAUUAGUGAUUGCUGCUAUUUGUAGUAUUGAUAUUGCAUUAAAUAUUAAACUUAAUAGAGUUUUAUAGAAAGUUAAUCAAAAUACUUCAACAAAAACACCAUUCUCAUUAAAUAAUUUAUCUAUACAUUAACCUCCAAAAAUAGGUGGAAAAUUAAAUAAUAAAGCUCAUACUGGAUUUGCAUUUAAUUGUUUAGAUAGAGAUGAAUUAGAAGAUUAGGAUAAAAUUGACUUGUAUGGAAUUGAUAAUUAAGUAUAAUCUUAAAAUGGAUGA